GCACAGUUUGAAUAGUGUUUAAAUUACAGAAACCAUUAUUUGGCAUUGUAAGCAUCACCAGAAUUGCCUUUCCUUUUCUAUUUGCAACAUUUGUCUUACCAAAUCAUGGGUUUAAUUUCUAUGCCGUCCACUUAAAUUAGGCCUAAACAUACACCCAUAAACAUCCAACCAUGGGUCAAACUUUGCAAUACGCCAAAAUAAAAACCUUCUACAACCAAAAUGGGCUUUAUUUAUGAUAAAUGCUCAUUGCGCUAGUACUGCGCACUAACAGCAACAGCUAGCCAUAGUUCCUUUCGUCCAAUAUGGAGAAAAUUGGAGAAUUAGCUCCUAGUGAUCCGUACGACAAGUCCUUCAUUCAGCCGUCCACAGACAAAGGCAAGCCUGGAGAAUACUGUAAACAAGUCAAGGAGGAAGAAAGCCUGCUGGUAAGCAAUGGAUGCGUGGAUUUCAGAGGCAGAAUUGCAGUAAAGAAAACAACCGGAGGAUGGAAGGCCUCCCCUUUUAUAAUAGUAAAUGAAGUGGCGGAGCGGUUAGCUUUUUUUGCAGUAGCGGUGAACAUGGUGACUUACUUGGUGCUUGAAAUGCGACAAUCGCUCCCAGAUGCAGCUACCCAUGUCACUGAUUGGAUUGGUGCUGCAUAUGUGCUUACAAUCCUUGGAGCAUUUCUGGCCGAUUCUUACUUGGGCCGAUUUAGAACCAUCAUCAUCUUUUCUUGUGUCUAUACAGUGGGAAUGGUGCUGUUGACACUUUCAGCCUCUAUAGACAGCCUACGUCCACCUAAAUGCACAGCACCCCCAUGCAAGAAAGCAACGGACGCUCAAACAUUAUUCCUUUACGGUGCACUCGGACUUAUAGCCCUUGGAACUGGUGGUAUUAAGCCCUGCGUGUCGUCCUUUGGAGCUGACCAAUUCGAUGAGAAUGACAAAGAAGAAGUGCAAAAGAAAUACGCAUUCUUCAAUUGGUUCUUCUUUGCCAUUAACAUGGGUGCCCUCCUUGGCAUCACAGUUCUGGUUUAUGUACAAGACAAUUUUGGAUGGGUCUGGGGUUUUGGAGUACCCACCGCGGCUAUGUUCUGUUCCAUUUUGAUCCUAGCUUCUGGAAUUCCGUACUAUCGUUAUCAGAAGCCUAUGGGAAGCCCGUUUACUAGAUUCGUUCAGGUCAUGGUGCUGUCCAUGAGGAACCAUUUCGGAGGAGUUGAGGUGGGACGUGAAGAUGAACUUUACGAGGUCAGGACUCUGGAGUCUGAUAUCGUCGGCGCUAGAAAGCUUACUCACACCCCACAAUUUAGGUUUCUAGACAAAGCAGCAGUGAUAACAGAUCCAGAAGACAACAACCUAAGAAAGAACCGUUGGAAGCUUUGCACGGUGACCCAAGUGGAAGAAUUCAAAUCAUUCAUAAGAGUGCUCCCAGUAUGGGCAUCCACUAUAGCUCUCUCCAUCUCAUUCGCUCAGCUAUCCACCUUCUUCAUCAGCCAAGCCAUCAUCAUGGACCGCAAGCUGGGCUCCGGCUUCGAGAUCCCAGCCGGCUCCGUCCCCGUCUUCAGCGCCAUCAACGCCCUAAUCCUGAUCCCCAUCUAUGAAAAACUUAUGGUCCCCAUCAUACGCAAACGCACGGGCCACCACCGCGGCAUCACUUCGUUGCAACGGAUGGGAGUUGGGCUUUUCAUCUCCAUCUUCGCCAUGGCUUCGGCUGCCCUGGUAGAGAAGAAACGCCGAGACCAUUCGAAACUGUUGAAGAUGAAAAUGAGCGUGUUUUGGUUGCUUCCUCAGUUCUUCCUCAUUGGGGGCGCAGAGGUGUUCACUUACGUCGGACAGUUGGAGUUCUUUUACGAUGAAGCUACGGAUGGGACGAGAAGCAUUAGCAGUGCUAUGUUUCUGAGUGAGAUUGGGAUCGGAAGCUGGUUGAGUACUGCGGUUGUGAAAAUCGUUGAGGAAGCUACUGGUGGAGAAGAGAAAGGGUGGUUGAGGAAUGAUUUGAAUAAGAGCCGGCUUGAUUAUUUCUAUUGGAUAUUGACGGCCAUUAAUGGAGUCAAUUUCGUGGUGUAUUUGUUGGUGGCUUGGGUUUACAAAGGCAGGAAUAGUACAAGUCGUACUAGGAGUGUGAAGCCUAUUUUCAGUGGUGAUGAUAGUGCUGGAUAACUGGGAAAAAAUUAACGCCGUGUUUGCUUUGGUAGAAAACCAGAAACCAAAAUGAAAUGAUCGUGUUGGUAAAUUUAAUUAAAAGCUUGUUUAUUGUUCUAAAAGAUUUUACUUUUCAUUUUAAUAACCUUCGAUAAAUUUUUAUUCUCUUGAUUUGUUUAAUGAAAGAAUUAAAAAAAAAAUAUACCUAUUAAGGAUUCAUUUA